AUGGAAGCGAAGGUGGAGGAUGUUGUCGUUGCGUUGGUUCGUUGCUUUUGUAAGGGAGAAAAUGAGCCUCAUCCUUCCAAAGCCUUCGGCGUAGCAAAGGAGUUGGCGAUGGCGAUGUGCGGCCGGGAGCGGCGGCUUCAGUUUUUGCGGAUUUUGGCACUACUCGAAAGCGAGAAGGAGAUGUGUACAGAUGCGCAUAUAUAUUGCAGUGGUGCACUGAUCCUUUGUGACGCCUCUGGCGGCGGUGGAUGUGGUACGGAAGAAACUACAAAGUGGGAAGUGGAGAUGGUGUCCAUCCUAACGGCACAUCCACCAUACCCAAAGUCUGUGCUUGCUGCCGUUUUUUAUUCCAUUGUACAAGUGACCCUCUCGGGUUGCAGUAUUGCAAUACUGGUGGCGGCAGGGGAUUCACUUCGCGGGGUUGACACCAAUUUGACGGUACCUAAGGAGUGCGCUAUCGAACUAUUGGCCCAGUUUGCCACUGCACUGGUCACUCUGAACGAGAGAUGCAAGCGGGGCCCGAGGGGGAUGAACGAUGACGAGGUCGAUGAAGCAAAGAUUCGUAGCGAAGAGGAGCGUGGUAUCACGAUCAGAAGCAUGGUGAUCGAUUACGCGCUUAAUGCGAUCCCUUAUAUGCGUGAAGAAUCCGCACAGGGCUCGUACCUUUGUCGCCGCGUGCUGAUUCCGCUGCUGUCGUUAGGUGACAAGGCUCUCUUGGAAGAUGGUCAUUCCCGUAUUUGUUCACUGCUAACGUGUAAUGCGGGCAGUCAGAUAGACACUGUUGUGCUAAUUGCAGCAUUGUUUGAAUGCUUGUUUUCAUGCGUGGAUGGUGACAGGCAGCGGGACUACCGAUGCUCAACAAAUCUGUGGGACACGAUUCACGCUGCAAUUUAUGGAGCCUGUACGGGCAGUGGCAGUGUGGAGAACCGCGUGAACAUGCAGUCGCGAGCUGAGUAUCUUCUCAAGCGUAUAGUGGCAAUGACCCGUGACCAGGAGUUGCGCGAGAAGUGGGAUGCCAGCAGAAUAUACCAUCCACUCUUUGUGUGGGUGCCAACGGUGAGUAACAACCUGUGGGAAAUGUUGUUUCUUAUUCUGGAGGUAACUAAUGAUUAUGGAAUGCACAUUAUUCAACCGAUACUUCCCAAACUGGAUUCUUUGGUGGAAAAGGUGACAGCUGACGCUAGCGUGUGGGCGGAUUUUGGGGAAACUGGGGAUGAGAUAUUACUCCUGCAGCUCAAGGGAGGUAUUCACCCCCUGUGGGUGACCCUACUCUUUUUAAAAAUGUUGGUUCACCCAAAUGUGGCAUUCCGCAAAAUCGGGCUCAUGCGCCUGUGGUCUCUAUCCGCCCCACUGCUAAAGUUGUUCCCCAGAAAAUUUUUAUUCACCAGCGUAUUGGAAGUUUCCCUUGACACGAGACUGUGCGCGGAGGUUGACCGUGCCUCCCACCUUACAUCUUUCUUUGGCCCUAAGGGCUUCGAGGGGAGGGAGGUGUCGCCGCUCGUGGGAACAGCUGGACCUUUGGUGGAUCAGCUUGAGCAGUUUUAUGCACUCCUCUUUUGUGACGUCGUGCAGGGUGCGGUUGAGCGCAAGGAGGCCAUGCGACGUAUGCUGCAUUGUGUGGUGGAAAAGCCCAGCGUACAUGGAGCAACAAUGAUCCUUCGGAUCCUUCACGGGGUAGUCACCACGCUCGCGUUGGAAAUUGAUGACGUGAGCAGAUGUGCAACGGUAGAGAUGAUUACCGACGAUGUGGUGUUGACGGAAUUCAUGCUUGUGCUUAGGGAUGCAGCACAGGAGAAGGUUCCAUUCUGGAUUGAUGUACGACUUAGUGCCAUCGCUUUUCACGUCCUUCUUCAGUUUGCUCGGAUGGAUCCAAAAACAGUGCGUAAGAGCAGUAACUUCUGGAAGUUAUUAUGUAUGUGCGGACCCCUUGGGACCUCCGCCGGUAGCAGUUUCAUGACUGUGGACACGAUAGCCCACGUGGGGGUUGCUGGGACAUGUAUCAGCCCAUAUUACCUGAAUGAGCACUUGCUGUCCGUGGCGCAGGAAGCUGGGGUCGGGGGGUCCAACUACAGAUUUGUACGUGAUUUGCUGCAAGUGGACAACGUGCUCGAUAAAAUCCGGAACUUCAUCCGCACAAAAGGCUCCGAUGAAGUACAAGGCAAGCAGUUGAUGUUUCUCUUAGGUGCAUUGGAUAGUAUGGGGGGAGAAGACAGACAGGUGCUCGCAGAUGUGGCGCGGGAACUCGCCGAAAUGGUUCUUUCGUUUGGCAGAAGACCGUAUAGUGAAGCUGAGGACAUUUUUGUGGCGUUGGUUGCCUUUGUCGAGUUUCACCACUCGGUCGGGUCACAACCUUGUACACGGUAUUUCCCCUUGUCCGUCAUACUUGAUGUGGAAGAUGCUGUUAGUGGGUUGGCGAUUAGUUCCCUCCGACAGGCAUUUCACUCGAUUAAGGAGGUCACGACCCUGGGUGAUUUGUCUGCCGAGGCGUGGGCGCUUCAGAGCACAUCGCGAUGGGAUGCCGUUGUUGCUGCUGUGGUUACCAUAUCACAAAUUGCCGUGUCAUAUGAUCAUUCAUCAGCUUCCGUGGUACUGAGGAGUGGUAAACGCAUAAGUGACUUUGUGGAGCUUCUGAGCGUGGUUGCCGAGGGGUUCCCCGCUAUUGUUCCGGAGGAUGAGUCGCGCAGAGUCGCUCAACAUUUUGCGCACAUAGUUCUGGCGCGCAACGCGUCUCGUGCGUUGAAGGGAAUGCUCUGCGGGCUUGUUGGCACUGGAGAUAAUAUUUCCAUAAACGACAAGCGAAGAGAUGAGGACAAGACUUUUCUUAGGUGCCUGUCAAACAAUGACCGCGCGCGUUGCAUUCGUACCCUCAUGCGCUGUCCGGCAUUGCGACUUUCUGCCUGCGAUAUACCUUGUUCUUUGACAGACCUCUCGUGGUCCAAUGUGCUUGCACAGUACUACGGGUGUGUUUAUGACGUGAUUUUUUUACUCUGCAGCUGCAUGGACCAGAGCGCGGUGCCAGAGCUGGUGCACGAACUGGAGGAAUACGGUCUAGAUCAGGUAGAGCGGUGCUGGGAAAGCAACCUCACUAGCAUCUAUGGUAUUCUUUCGUGGGUUGCGUCUGCGCCGGCUUCCCCAAAAGGUGACAGCAGCGUAAAUAUUGACCGGCGUUCUAUAAUUAACGCCAUGUUUGGCCAUCUGGGCGUUGCAGGAGGGAGGGAUCACUGCCGUAUGACUGUUCUUGCCUUUGACGCCCUCCGGUGUGGGGUUGAGUGUGAGGAGGAAUUGGUCAAAACGCACAUAUACCGUACGCUACUUGAUGAAGCACAGUCGGAACGUGCCGGAUACAUAGCUGCGGUAACCUUGUCGACGGAGGUGCUGCGCGAUCCGGAGUCCAACUGGUUGCGACUGAAGGAGCUUUUGCUGCAUGUUGCUGUCUUACACAAUCCAAGUCGUGAAGAGGAGGGUGCCGAGGUUCUUGUGGCUGCUUUGGAGCCCCUUAUGUUGAAGGCGUGGCCCGAAUCACUACGUGUGCAGUAUCCCCCAACGGUCCGUCUAUCAUAUGUUGGGCGGGCUAUGGCGAUCUCAGCAAUUUUGUGCUGCUGUUUUAAGAAGGAAGAGUGGGCGGCAGAUGUCACAUUGCAGCUGUUGGAGUGGAACAACAGUAAUCCAGCUGUAAAUCACGAGCCCUGUAUGCCAAACUCGAAGGCACAUCGGUCCCGCAUGCGUCUCUGGCAGCUACUGUGUGCGCUAGUGCCCAUGGUUCGAAGCCCUACCGUGCAGCGGGACCUCCUGCACGUGGUGGUGAUGAAGUGCCUUACACUUACAAAUAUGGGUAGUGUCCGCCGGCUGAUGGAACUUUUCGCACUGCAGCUGCUGCAGAGGCAGCCACAGUUAUAUUGGAUCAUAGAUAACGCAAUGGCCAAUUAUCAGCUCCGGCCGCAAGUGAUUGGAAGCUACGUAUUCAUCUCAGCACACGUUAUACUGCGAGAACUCCGGGGAGAGGUGGAACCCGUGGAUGGUUUGAUGGACACGCUUCUGCAUCGUCUGUUUCAGCAGAGUACAUCUCAUCAACACAUGCUGCGUCUGGUUUGUCAUAUAGGGCUUAACUUCAUCCGCGAAGCAUCUGUCGCUAGGGGGAUCGUGUUUUCAGCUAAUGAAGAGAGCAUAUUUGACUACGUUGCCAAUGCGCCGGAGCAUGUGAAGUUUCGUGUCCAGCACGCUGAACAAUUAUUUUUUGACGUUCGAGAGGCCUGCACUCCCCGGCAAUUGUUCUGCAUUCAGCGGAGAGAAGGAAAUAAUAUUCUUCUGGUGAGUAUUCCCGCGGUGGCGUUUGAGCGAAUGAGGUUUAUUGACCGCGAGGUAGCUUGUCUAACCGGUGUACUUACUCCUGUAGAUCAAAUUCGAGUUCAGGUGCUCAUGCAACACUUCGAAGCUUCGCGAGUGCUAGAGCCCUUGAAAGAAUUUCCUUACAUUCCUCACACGAAAAGCACCGCGUUGUUUUGUGUGGACUACACGCCAGAGGCGGUUGCGGUACUCACUGCUGAUACCCACAUCUCCGAAGGGAUGUCGUCGGUUACUGGCUAUGAAAAUGUCCAGCGCAAGGCAACCCCGUGGUGGAGUAGUCAACUUUAUGACGAACUUCAUCCACGUGCGUUGAAAACGGAACGGCAACCCGUUAUUGUGAUUGCAUCUCUGUUGCAGAACCCUGUGAACGUCGCGGGACUUUUCCGUUGUGGGGAGGUAUUCGCUGUUGAGAAGGUUGUUGUGUCAGAUGCUGCUGUGCUCGAGCAUCCGCACUUCGUCGCGGCGGCCCGAAGCUCUGACCUGUGGCUGCCUUGGAGCGCUGUCCAGGUGAAGGCACUCUCGGGUUACCUCAGCUCGCUGCGGCAGGACGGAUAUACGCUUGUUGGAAUCGAACAGACAGCGGGGAGUGUCCCGAUGUCAUCGUACCAGUUUCCGAAGCGGGCAGUCAUCGUGCUUGGCGCUGAAGGGCAUGGUAUACCAGCGCAGUUGCUCACGGUCCUCGACGUCUGUGUGGAGAUUCCGCAGUACGGUUUAAUACGCUCCCUCAACGUUCACGUGACAGGAUCUAUCGUUAUGUAUGAGUACACCCGGCAACAUCGAAUGGGAGGCGCUCCCGAAAGUAGUUGA